GCGGGCUGGGGCGGAAGCCUCCCUUCGGCUUCUGCAGCUCCAACCGGGAGCGACGCCGGGAGCGGGAGCGGGAGCGAGCCCGGCCCCGCCAUGGAGGCGAGCGCGGCCAAGCGGAAGGAGCCGCGCAAGGCGCUGCGGGUUAAAGUCAUCUCCAUGGGCAACGCCGAGGUGGGCAAGAGCUGCAUCAUCAAGCGGUACUGCGAGAAAAGGUUCGUGUCCAAGUACCUGGCGACCAUCGGGAUCGACUACGGGGUCACCAAGGUGCAGAUCCGGGAUCGGGAGAUCAAGGUGAACAUCUUCGACAUGGCCGGACACCCCUUCUUCUAUGAGGUGCGGAACGAGUUCUACAAGGACACGCAGGGCGUGCUGCUGGUGUACGACGUGGGAUCCAAGGAAUCCUUCGAUUCCCUGGAUUCCUGGCUGGCCGAGAUGAAGCAGGAGCUGGGCCCCCACGGGAGCAUGGAGAACGUCGUCUUCGUCGUCUGCGCCAACAAGGUGGACGCGGGGAAGCUGCGGGUGGUGGACGAGAGCGAGGGGCGGCUCUGGGCCGAGAGCCGCGGGUUCCUCUACUGGGAAACCUCGGCCCAGAGCGGGGAGGGCAUCCAGGAGAUGUUCCAGGUGGGAAUUACCAAUGGGAAUAUUGGCUGGGAGAAGCCCUGGGUGGGAAUUCCUGAUGGGAAUCUGGGUGGGAAUGUGGGAUCGAAGGAAUUCUCUGGGAUUAGGGUGGGAAUGUGGGAUGAAGGGAUGGAUGGGAGCUGGGAAUUCCUGCACUGUGGGAGAUGUUCCGG